CUGCUAUUUCAGUUUAUUGUUUACAGCGAGAAAUCAUACGGAUUUUCCUGGAUUCACGACUUCCACUACAAAACUAAUAAUUUGUUAAAGCAAUGCUGAGAAGAAGCAGUCGUUUACAGUCAAACGGCUACUAUGGCUGUGAUGGGAAACCAGUCAUCUCCUACAAGGAGACAAUGUACAGGUUUUUCAAAAGGUGCAAAUCUCGUUUACAUCCCAGAUUUGAUGGAUCACCAGAUACAGAACUGGGUACAGAACGGUAUACACCACCGUAUACACCACCGUAUACACCACCGUAUACACGACCGUAUACAGAACUGUAUACAUCACUGUAUAAAGAACUUGAUCCGGCAAUAGAUAAGCCCGAUCAAACUGGUCCUGCAAAUUGGCCAUGGAGGACGAUGGCUUUCGUCCUGUUCUUUUGUUUUGGAGUCUUUUUGACUCUGGCUGUCCCCACUGGGUUCUCCAUCACCACUGUGAAAAAGGUCUUCACUGGGAGCUCCGAAGAUGUGUGGAUACACCUCAAGGAGGUCCGAGGGAAACUGGAGGAACUCAAGGAGCUCCGAGGGCAACUGAAGGAACUCAAGGAGCUCCGAGGGGAACUGGAGGAACUCAAGGAGCUCCGAGGGCAAAUGAAGAAACUCAAGGAGCUCCAAGAGGAACUCAAGGAGAAAAUGGAGUUCCUUCAUCCAUUAUCGGACACAAUGGCCAAUUUUGCCCUGGAGAGACUAGGGAUGGGCACCAAAUAG